UUCAGCUGAGAGAAAAGGUGCAGAGAGAGUUAAGUGUGUGAGCUCCUUUGCAGGACCCCAGUGAGACCGCAGCGGAGUGCCAAAGUCUGCCAAGGUCAGCACGGUCUCCUGGGCCCAGUGUGAGAUAUCAGAGAUGCAUCCAUGCUUCAGUCAUGGCAUUGCUUCACUUGAAGAAACCUUGACUGUGUUCUUAGAUAUUUCGGUUGAUGGAGACUGAGUGAGUCAGGAGCCCUGGGUUGGGUUUCAAGCCCUGGCCCUCACUUGCUUAGGCAGUGUUCUGUGCCUUUGUUUUGACACUCGUAAAUAAAGUGGGGGCCAUGGACCAGUUCUAUGUUUCUUCCCAUUUUUAACCUGUUCCCCUUUCUGUGAACACAGAACACCCAUUGCCCGGUUUUAUGUUGGUUGAAAUUUCAGGUAAUUAUGUCAGCUGAAGCCACAUCAAUGUAAAUUGUAUCUUGGAAGAAAAAGUUUUAUAAGGCACACAUUUAUGAAGUUAAAGGAGAGUGUUGGGUGGGCCUGGUUUUUCCAGUUUUUCUAUCCUCGAUAAGUGUGGACCAGAGCUAAAGCUUCUUGGUUUUGUGGUCAUAACUGUAGAAAGCCAGCGUCGCUAAUGCUUAAAAUUAUAAUAUUAAAUACGCUUUCCCAUGAAGUCCCAUCCCACCCCCCGCCAAUGUCACUUUCAUGACCUGUGUUUUUCAAACUGUAGGUUGUCACCCAUCAGUGGGAUCAACAUUUUAAAAAAGACAAAUUGGUGAGAGUGCAGAAUACGAAUGUGCGUGGCAUGCAGUAGGAGCAGGCUUGCUCCAGGAAAUUCUGUUUGGGUUUUGUGUGUAUGUGCAUGUCCCUGAGUGGCUCUUGUAAAGUGCACUUCUGAAUGGGGAUUACAGCCAAAAAAGUAAGAAAAACACUGACCCUGAUGAUCAUUAAUAUGAUCUCUUGAGCACCAGCUGUCAACGGCCUGUGAUUACUAAAUAGAUAUUUGGAAGACUUUUGGCAACUUUUCUGCCCCUUCCCGUGUCUUCCUCACCUAGUCCCACAGUGGUAGGCUGUGAGUGCUCACUUAAUCUGUCAAGGGCCAGGUUACUGGGACCCUCGGCUGCAGGUUUCCUGUUGGUUCCAAGGCCCUGCAGUGGGACCGAGGCAGAGAGCAUGGGGACUCUGGGGGCUUUUGCCAAAUGGUCAGCCAUUACUUGUUCCUCUCUAACUGGAGUUUGCAGCAAGUUUUCCAUGACCUUCUUCCUGGUGCUCCAAAGUGGCAAGUGGCGUGGUCACCUAGACCAGCACUUGGGGUGGAUGUGAGAACCCCUGGUCGGCAGUGCUCAAGACUGUGGGGAGAAUGCCAGGUGGGUGGAGGAGGAAAUUCCAACCAGAUUAGGCACACUCCUAGACUGUAGACCAUGCUGAGUCCGGCAGUGAUGAAAACAGGGGCAAAAGGAAACAGGAAAGAUUUGAAGCGAGGGAACUUCCGCUGACCCUUUCACAGCCCUUCUCUUGCUUUGCUCGUCAGGGAAACUGCUGUCCCCAGCUCUGCUAGGAGGAGUCCUCCUUCCCAGCCAGGGUGCAGACGGAUGACUGACAGCAUUUUCUCCAGGAGCUGACACGAAUGCAGAGUUUGAAUCCGGAUCCCAAAGCCCAGUACACAAGCGUCUACGGAGCCCUCAAGAAAAUCGUGCGGACUGAAGGCUUCUGGAGGCCCUUGCGAGGCCUCAAUGUGAUGAUGAUGGGCGCAGGGCCAGCCCACGCCAUGUAUUUUGCCUGCUAUGAGAACAUGAAAAGGACUUUAAAUGCCGUUUUCCACCACCAAGGAAACAGCCACCUAGCCAAUGGGAUAGCUGGGAGUAUGGCCACCCUGCUCCACGAUGCAGUAAUGAAUCCAGCAGAAGUUGUGAAGCAGCGCAUGCAGAUGUACAACUCACCACACCGGUCGGCCCUCAGCUGCAUCCGGACAGUGUGGAGGACCGAGGGCUUGGGGGCCUUCUACCGGAGUUACACCACGCAGCUGACCAUGAACAUUCCCUUCCAGUCCAUCCACUUCAUCACCUAUGAGUUCCUGCAGGAGCAGGUCAACCCUCACCGGGGCUACAACCCGUGGUCCCACAUCAUCUCCGGAGGGCUGGCUGGGGCCCUUGCCGCGGCCGCCACCACCCCCCUGGACGUCUGUAAGACCCUCCUCAACACUCAGGAGAACAUGGCCCUCAGCCUGGCCAACAUCAGCGGCCGGCUGUCGGGCAUGGCCAACGCGUUCCGGAUGGUGUACCAGCUCAAUGGCCUGCCCGGCUACUUUAAGGGCAUACAAGCCCGCAUCGUCUACCAGAUGCCUUCCACUGCCAUUUCCUGGUCUGUCUACGAGUUUUUCAAGUACUUUCUCACCAAGCACAAGCUGGAGAAUCGAACGCCAUACUAAAGGAAUAGGCUGUGGGCAGUGAUUCCAGAAUCUUUUAUUUUUAAAAGGCUUUCUCUGCCUGCUUCCAUUCCCUUGCCCUGACACCACGAUUAUUUUCACAAGGUGUUUGCGGGAUGGGCCUGCGGCUCCCUGACACCUUAGAGAGGAGAGGAUGGGACAGCCGCUUACCAGAAGGCCGUCCGCAGGGACAUCCGAAGUGGUGGUAGGUGGGGAAAGGCUUUGGAAGGGGAGCAAGAAAUGGCUUUUUCUCUUCCUUCCCUGAGAGGAAUGUGGCUUUUCUGCUUCACCGUGGCAGAUCCCUCCCCUAGAAUUGUAGAUCACACAGGAGGGAAGAAAAUGUGCAGUGACCGAAAACAUUAAAGGAAAAAAAAAAAGUAUGUAAAAGUUCCAGUACACAGUAUAAAAUAGAUGGAUAAUGUUUAUCCUUUAUUUUUCUACAUAGAGGUUUUUGGAUUUGUGUGUGUGCCUAUGUGUGUGUGUGAAUAAGUGUGACAGCUUGGAUUACAAAGCUGUCUUGUUUUUGUUUUUUAAAUAGAGGGCUGAAUUCUUCCAUUGGAUUAAGUAAAAGGCACCAAAGUAAUAAAUUGCUAGAUGUGGCCUAAAAUUGUGUUGAGCCCCCAGAUGGAAGUUUCACUUGAAUGUAAAAUAAUAAAUAUAAGUUUAUAUUUUGAA